AUGUUGGGGGCCACCGUUCUUGCCUCAGCAACCUGGUUGCUCGCCCUAGGACAAUGCGCACUAGCUGCUGAUAUCGACUGGACCACCAUCAAAAACAGUCGCGGCGAUCAUCUUCCCGACUUCAGUUUCUGCGGCUACCAUUCCUCAGACGUGGCGCUCCCGUCCGCCACUAGACCAAGCACCACCACCAUCAAGGCAUCAUCCAAGGACCAGACCUCCGAUAUCCAAGCUGCUCUGAACAAGGUCUCCGCCGCAGGAGGCGGCGUUGUAGAGCUUGGCCCCGGAACGUUCAAGAUAUCCCCGGGCUUGAGCAUCCCGAACGGAACGACAUUAAAAGGCUCUGGAGUCGGAUCCACGCACCUUUCUGUUUCCAAGUUGAAUGAAAAAGUCCCACUGAUCUCACUGGGUAAUGGCACCGGCCAUAAUGUGAAGCCUCUGAGCACCAAUGCCAUCACUGAUAGCUAUGUGGGAAUCGGCGCCAGCACGGUCACCGUAAAAGACACGAAGGGGUUGAAAGUGGGACAGACUAUCUUCGUCAACCGGGCCGCGACGGCAAAGUGGAUUAGAUAUGACGGCAUGGCCGAUCUUACUCGCAAGAACAACCAUCAAACCUGGAUCAAGGAAGGGACGUUGAUACAACAACCUCGGAUCAUCGGGUCCAUCAAGGGCAACAAAGUCACAUUAACAGUCCCCCUCACCGACGCCCUGGACAAGAACUACAUGAGUCCCUAUCUGGCCCCCUACACAGCCCCCUCGGUCGCAUCGGAGAUAGGCCUCGAGAACCUAUCGAUCACCCUCAAGCCGAGCUGCUCAGGAGUCGCCCUCACCGACAGUACCAACGGCUGUAAAUCCUCAGCCAUAUCCGUUUCUCCCUGGACCGUCGACAGUUACAUACGCUCGGUAAACGUGACCGGCUUCAACAGUUUCAUCAGCGCGGAGUACAACUCCAGCCGAAUCACAAUAGACCACGUCGGUCUAUACCGAGACCGUGACACAGACAACAAGGCAGGAUACCCGGCGGAUAUCGCCAUUAUGGGCUCGCAUAUAUUGGUUCAGGACAGUGGGCAGUACGGAAUCAAGACAGCCAAGGCGUUUUCCGUGGCGACACAGGCCGGAACUCCGGGCCCCAACGCCAUUUUGCGCCACGUUGUGCAGGCACCCGAGUUGCAGCAGAUCUACCCCCACCAGCGUUGGGCGCACGGUAUCCUCGCUGAAGACACCGAUGCUGGUGUCAUUUACCAGAAUCGAAACAAUGCGGGGUCCGGUCACGGCUGGGCGAUUAACGCGGGUGUGGCCUGGAAUGUUAGGGGAGGCGUGACGAUCCAGAGUCCGCCCCUAGGUGUCAACUUCGGGAUCGGAGUCACUGGGAAGGUCACGAACUCGAAUGGAACUAUGACCUCACCGGGUAAAGCCGUCACGCCACAGAGCCUAUUCAGUGCUCAACUGGCUAAAAGAAAGGGUGGCAAGUGAGUCUAGUUGGGUUGAGUCAGAUGGUACGAUAUAAAGAUUAGGUAGACUUCCUAUGUGUUGAGAUAGUGUUGCAUAGCAGUAGCAAUACCGUAAGCCUUAUAACGAUUUCCUAGGAUACACAUAUUCUUAUCAUGUUAAUUAUACUAAAUCUUCUAGUGACGCUGGGCUAUUCAUAUGAUAGCCUUGGUCAAUAGAAUGUGUAACGUUGAAGCGUAUCUG